CUCUGAUUUUAAGUUGUAUAUUUAGUCAGGCAACCUUAAAAGACAUAUGACAGCAAUUCCAUAUUUAAAACAAGUGUGGCAAUACUGGUUCUACACGUGUUUGAUAAAUACAGUGCUAUUGAAAAACUAAAUUCCUAAAACAAUCGUAUUUAUCAAUAAAAAAUAAAAAGGACAUGUCGUUUAAUAGAGGAGGACGUGGCGGAGGCUUUCGUGGCAAUCGCGGAGGAGGUGGAAAUCGUGGUGGCGGUGGACGAGGCGGAGGCGGUGGUAAUCGUUUCGGCGGCCGCGGAUUCGACCAAGGACCACCUGAUCGCGUUAUUCCUCUAGGCUCUUACAGUUAUUCAUGUGAAGAUGAUCUCGUUUGUAAAGUGGAAAUUGAGGAUGUUCCUUAUUUCAAUGCCCCAAUAUAUUUGGAAAAUAAAGAACAAAUUGGGAAGAUCGAUGAAAUAUUUGGAACCAUACGUGAUUAUUCUGUGACCGUGAAAUUGUCCGAAAAUUUGAACGCAAAAAGCUUUAAAAACCAACAAAAACUGUUCAUAGAUCCGGCGAAGUUGUUACCUAUUUCGAGAUUUUUACCUAAGCCACCACAAAAAAAGGGUAGCAAGAAAAAUAAUCUUAAUGGUGGUGCAGGUGGAGGUCGUGGUGGUGGGUUUGGUCGCGGAGGAGGAGGCUUCCGUGGCGGUAACAGCGGCGGCGGUGGGGGCUUCAAAAGAGGAGGAGGCGGUGGGCGAGGUGGAGGUUUUGGACGAGGUGGAGGCGGUGGACGAGGCGGAGGCGGUGGCGGUGGCGGUGGUAGAGGUAGAGGCGGUGGACGAGGUCGCUGGUAGUACGAACAUUUCAUUCUAUAUUAUUUGGAAAUCGUAUUAUCUGUACAAUUUAGAUUAUAAAAAUAAUAUUUUAUAUGAAAA